AUGGUUUCGUCUGGGUCCGAUAAACAAGCUCCCUCUGUUGCCCACUGUACCUGUACUCGAGUCUACGAUCUAGAAAGUGGACCAGAUGGCAUCCUUCAACAACACCAGAACUGCCUAGAUGCUUACUCCGGCGUAGUGGAUGGUCGUAGUGGUGGUGGUGUUGGGCACAUUCGAGCAAUGGGCUUUACCGCCGGUGAUAUUGAGUGGAAAAAAGCAAUAACCCAUCACAUCCAUGAGAGAAAUGACGAUUUCCGACGUAAGCAAGAAUCCAAUAUUUUGGUCUGUGUAGCCAGGAAAUCCAAUAUCACCUCCAAGAAUGUCAACCCAGGCCGCUCCUUUUGGGACGGACACAUGGCUGCUGGGAUCAAUAUCUGGGAAUUAGGGCACGAUGGAAGCACAUUCGGUGGAAUCCUUUCGCGGCAGCCUAUCCCCAGCCGAGAUUAA